GAUAAAGUUGUCUUGGUGAAUUUUUUCAUGCUUGUUGUUCUUACUGUAUGGCAUGCAAUAGCUCGUGCUGUAUCUGCUUCAAAACCAAAAUUUUUAGAAUAUGAACAUUAUGUUAUGUACAGUUUACUCAGUUGUUAUUGUCUUGGUUCUGUGUUAUUUGGGCUAACUGUUUAUUUAGAUGCUGGUUCAAGAAGACGUUUAAUGCAACGUAAAGAUGCUGAAUUCAAUCAAUACAAACAACGAAUUGAAGCGCAAAAACAAAAUCAUUCAAUUUUAUCUGUCUCGCUGGAAGAAUGGUUAAGUUCACCACAUAAUAGUAUUACAGAUAAUUUAUUAGAUAAACAUGAUUCUUAAUUAGACAAACAAAUGAUCAAUAUGGCUGGUUCAAUGCUAAAUUGUGAUACAUUUUAAACAAAUAUAUCUAUAUAAAUAGAUGUGUUCGCGCGAAAAUUUGAAUUCGCGCAUUUUCCAUGUUGUUUACCUUUUUGUUUGUUUUUGUUUGUUCGUUCAAUUGUUCAAUAUGUGCGUAUGUGUAGCUCUCUGUGUGUGUGUGUGCGUGUGUUUGUUUAUCAGUAAUACACAUGAACAUUGAACAGUACACUCUCAUUCUUUUGAAUUCAUAAAAAGUAUACUUGAUAUAUGCAGCAUACAUAUAGCAUACAGUGUGUGCAGUUUAGUCUGUUUGUGAAAUGUGUGAGUGUGCAGUGUGUGCGUGCGUUUUUUUGCCAUUCCGAUCCAGUCUACUCUUACAUGUGAAGUAGUAACAUUGUUUUCGAUUUCCCCUUUUCGUUUCGUCACGAUACUACACCUAAGCAAUACAGGAAAAUAGAUGAUAUUUAUCUAACUAACUAACGAACUAACGAACUGUCAAUAAAAUUUACACCUAUCUAGUGUAUCAUUGUUCUGAUCAUCAGUACUAUUAUUAUUAUUAUGAUUCUUGACAGUGAUUUCAACUUGUUCAUGUUCAUGAAAAUUAACUUUUGUAAAUAAUAUCCAUAUCUACAUAUAUCUACAUAUAUAUAUAUAUAUAUAUAUAUAUACAUUGACAAUGUCAACUUUGAUUCUAAAUUCCAUAUUUUUCUUGUAUGUUGUUAUUGUCAUUGUCGGUGAAAUAUGAUGGUGUUGUUGUUCUGAAUGAAAUACUGAUGAACUUAUAAUAAAUUACGAAAAAA